AGAUGCAUGUCCUGCAUUGGUGUGCAUGCCUGGUGUGGUCCUUGUGCUGUGAAAGUGCAUCAAAAUCUUCCAUUCCACAAGGUACAAAGAUGGAAUGCUACUCAUUACCAGGAUACCUCUUUGAUGGCACUUGGGUUCCUUUGGCACAUUGGCCAUGGGGGUUGUCCUUGCCCU